CCGCAGAUUCGUCCCGUGCUGCCGUCCGGGACCAGCCUCAGAAACUCUAAAUAUUUGUGCCAGUUCCACGUGAAUCCUAGGACUCGAACUCACGUAGCGGAUGAGCCUGAACUGACGCGCAGUCCCGACGCCGUGGCGAAUCGGCGGCGCGCGGCAGCGGGCACGCGGCUGCGGCUCCGGCUCCCUAGCGUAGUGGUGGGAGGAGCCUCGACGAGGUGCGUAGUCUGGUCGGGUCCUGCGUGCUAUAGGGUUUGCAGUGGUCACGGCCUCGAAGCCCUAUUCUUUCUACAGGAUGUACCCAUCGCAGUCUGCUGUCCGACUCACUGUCCAGGAAGCCGUUCACAUUCUUAAAUCCUCAGAGGACGCUGGCCACCUUCUCUCCACCCUGGGGGCCCUGAAGCCCUAUCUUGGUGGCGCUGAGGGCACUGCUUUUCCUGGGGGGAAGGAGGAGUUUGCCACCGUUCAUUUCUCAGCCUUUCUCAGAUGUCUGGUGAGCAAGCUGAGCCCCAGUUGGCUGGAGCUGUCUCCCGGUGGCGAGCUGGAGCAGCUCUGGGAGAGCUUCUUCCUGGAGGGUCCUGCAGACCAAGCCUUCUUAGUGCUGAUGGAAGCCAUUGAGGGCACUGCUGGCCCUAGCUUCCGUCUGAUGAAGAUGGCUCAGCUGCUGGCAACAUUUCUGAGCAAGGGCAGAAUGGCAGCUCUGAUGGAGGAGCACUGUCAGCCACAAAAGAAGCCUGGCUUCCCCCUGCUCCAGGAAACACUGCUCAGCAAGGUUGUGGGCUUGCCUGAUCACUUAGGCAACCAUCUACAGCAGGACAACCUGACCCAGUUCUUCCCCCAGAACUACUUUCCUCUGCUUGGCCAGGAGGCUGUGCGGGCACUCCAGGCAGUUGUGGACUUUCUCCGAGGUGGCCUAGACUGCUCAGUCUUUUUUGUGUCUCAGGUCCUGGGAAGGGUCUGCAUCCAAGGGAGACAGAAGGAGAUCCUGGGUGUGCUAGUGCCCCAGCUGACAAUGCUCACCCAGGACAGCUGUCUGUGGCAAAGGGUGUGUUGGCACCUGGUGGAGCAAGUCCCUGACCGAGCAGUGGAGGCUGUGCUGACGGGACUUGUAGAGGCUACUCCCAGGCCUGAAGUCCUGUCACGACUACUAGGGAACCUAGUGGUGAAAAAUAAGAAAGCCCAGUUUGUGAUGACCCGAAAACUUCUGUUCCUGCAGUACCGAUACACGACACCCAUGUUGCAGAGUCUCUUGGGAUAUCUGGCCAUGGACAGCCAGCGGCAACCACUCCUCAUCCAAGUGCUGAAGGAACUGCUGGAGACGUGGGGCAACAGCAGUGCUGUCCGGCACACACCCCUGGUGCAGCAGCGGUACAUCAGCACGGCCAUCCUUAUCUGUUUGGCGUAUCUGAAGGAAUCAGAGCUUCAGGACAUCCGGGAUGAAUUGCUGGCUAGCAUGAUGGCAGGAGUGAAGUGCCGCCUCGACAGCAGCCUGCCUCCUGUGCGCCGCCUGGGCAUGAUUGUGGCUGAGGUCAUCAGCUCCAAGAUCCACCCUGAGGGGCCUCUGAAAUUCCAGUACGAAGAUGAUGAGCUGAGCUGUGAGAUGCUGACCUUGGCCACCCCCCGGCUUGCGGGUGACUGCUCCUCUGAGGCAGGAGGCCCAUCACUGGCUCCUGUUGCUACAGAAAGGUCUGAACAGACUAUGGACAGCAGUGCCCCCCCAGCUCAGCCACAGGGCUCUGACUCAGAGCUAGACAGUGAUGAUGAGUUCACCCCCUAUGACAUGUCAGGGGACAAAGAACUGAAAAGCAGCAAGGCACCCCUGUAUAUCCGAGACUGCAUAGAAGCUCUGACCACAUCUGUGGACGUGGAACACUGGGAAGCAGCCCUGCAGGUGCUUGAGGGCUUGAUUUACAGGAGCCCUGAGGCCACUAGGGAGGUGAGUGUGGAGCUGGCCAAGGUGCUACUGCACCUAGAGGAGAAGACCUGUGUGGCAGGGUUUCAACAACUGCGCCAGAGAGCUCUGGUGGCUGUCACAGUCAAAGACCCAGCACAGGUAGCCAAGUAUCUGACUUCUCAGUUCUACAGCCUGAACUACAGCCUCCGGCAGCGCAUGGACAUCCUGGAUGUCCUGACUCUGGCUGCCCAGGAGCUCUCUCGGCCAAGGCACCUCCAGAGGCCUCCCCAAAACAGUUCCCCUGGCUCUGUCACUCAGUACUCACCAGCACUGGCCAUUUCUCAGCCUGGUGAUGCUGCAGCUCCUGACUGGCGGGUAGUUGUGGAGGAGCGGAUCAGAAGCAAGACCCGGCGGUUUUCCAAGGGCUGUCCUUGGCAGGAGCUAUCAAGUAGCCCCAAUGAAUUCAACUCUGUGGCUGGUUACUUCUUCUUUCCUCUCCUUCAGCACUUUGACAGGCCGGUGGUGACCUUUGACCUUUUAGGAGAUGACCAGUUGGUUCUUGGAAGGUUGACCCAUACCUUAGGGUCCCUGAUGUACCUGGCUGUUAACACCACAGUAGCUGUGCCCAUGGGCAAAGCCCUGCUGGAGUUCGUGUGGGCCCUUCGCUUCCAUGUUGACACUUAUGUGCGCCGGGGCUUGCUGUCUGCUGUCUCCUCUGUCUUCCUCAGUGUACCCACAGAGUGCCUGUUGGAGGACUUGCCAGAUGAACUGCUGGAAGCCAGGUCCUGGUUGGCAGAUGUGGCAGAGAAGGAUGUGGACGAAGACUGUAGGGAGCUGGCAGUGAGGGCUCUGCUGCUUCUGGAGAGAUUCAAAGACAAGCUUCUUCCCAUUUCCUCUCCCUAGUCUUGAGGCUUCCCCACAGGGGGUCCAAGUGGACCCUAGGCCAUCCCCAUUGGAAGAAGGGAAGGCCUUUGAGAAGCAGAGUCCACACAACAUCUGGACUUUAUGUGGUGGCUAGGUUUGGAGGGGCCAUGUGGUAUGUCAACCUGGUCCCUACUGUUAUUUAUAGGCUGGCAAGGAUGAGUAUUCAGCUAAAAAUAUUGGAGGGCCUGUGCUGCUGCGUUCCCACAGGACAUAGCAGUUGCCUGCUGACCAGAGCUGGGUUUGGGGCUGCUGGGCUCAGGAGGCACUUCCUUCUGAGAGCAGAACCUCAGGUUCUGUGGCUAGGACCUCAAGAAUGAGGACAAGGCAGCUCUACUGUGUUCUUGUGGAGAUGCCAGAACAGCAGAGCAAGGGCAGUCUGCUGGGUCUUCACAAAAAUAAACAGGGCCACAGGUGUCACACAGAUUUCCUUUGUGGCUGUCACUGGGCAGGGACUUUAGUUCCUAAAUGGAUCCUCAUGAGGGGCAGCCUUGAAAAUGGACAGGAAGAAGCAAAGACCUACGAGAAAAUGGACUCUGAGAAAAUAAACUUUAUUGGAUUUA